AUGUCAUACGAAGACGAGCAAAGACGUCUGCAAAAAUUGUAUGAUCUUUACUGUGGCGAUAGCGAUAACGAAAAUAGAACUCAGUUGCCCGAAAAUUUCGAAGAAUCAGAACAAGAAGUUUCCGACGUGCCAAUUAAAUUUAUGUUCGCCAAAGAAACAUUAAAAUUAAUUUUGGAGGAAGAACUUAAAAUUGAAAGUAACAUAAAAAAUUUAUCAGAUUUUGAAAUAGUAUUCAAGGAAAAACGGCUUCGUGUUAAUUACACUUUAUUAAUGACAAUGUUAGAUGGUAGUACCAUUAAUACUUUGCCAAGUACCAAUGCGACACAAAAAUGUUUUAUCUGCAGAGCUUCCCCAAAGGAAAUAAAUUUAGAGUCAGUCACUAAAAAAAAUGUUAAAGUUGAGAACUUCAAUUUUGGAUUGUCCUCAAUGCAUUCAUAG